CAAGCAAGAACUUAAGCAAGAACUUGAGCAAGAACUUGGGCAAGAACUCAAGUUCACAACCUCGACGUCAAUUUUAGAAUCGUCUUGACUAGCAAACUCAUUUGGCUCCCGGUUCACUCCUUGGACAAAUACUAAGCUACUCUACGCUGAGAUAACUUUCUACUACGUUCAAAAUGUCCAUGGUAACCAUCUCUAGCCUACAGCGCAUCACGGCGUCAAAGCUAGCUGAGAUGUUACUUGUCAGCGCGAACCCACCGUCUUCGGACGCAACCAUAGCCAUUGUGGACGUGCGAGAUGACGAUCAUAUAGGCGGGCACAUCAAGUCGUCGCUGCAUUUCCCUAGCCGCAGCCUUGACGCUACCAUGCCCACCCUAUUGCGCAAGCUCGCCGACAAGGAGAUAGUUAUCUUCCACUGCGCCUUGAGCCAGCAGCGCGGUCCUAGCGCCGCCAUUAGAUACAUCAGAGAAAAAGAAGCGGCAACCGCUGCGGUAAAGAGGGCUGCGGAGGAGAAAGAGGCUAAAAAGGAGGGUAAUGCGGCCAAGCAACAGCAAGUCUACGUUCUAGAUAGGGGCUUCGUCGGCUGGCAGGAAGUCUAUGGCCCUGAUGAGCGUCUCACAGAGGCGUAUAGAAAGGAGUUAUGGGAGAAUGGGUAUUAGACCAAGGCCACGACCAGGAAACCGUAGCAUUAGAGAUUGGCGUUUUAGUCAAGAUGGACCAAGAAGCAUGUCUAUUUGGCGAGUGUGGUUGUGGUUUAUAUUCGAGGGGGGGCCAAUUCCUUGACGCCGCUGUGUGCAGCCCUUGGGAUGGCGAAAUCGAGUUCUGGACUUCAAGGUCAAGACGUGACAUUCCAUUGUAGAUCGAGCAUAGUUUAUUUAGCCAAAGCUUUGUACCUCAGUCCCCAUUGGCCCCUUUCAGGUUGAGCUUGGCCCUAUACAGGAUUUGGCUUAUGUGAUAGAACUAUACUUUUGAACUUUAAUACUCGCGGCUUUAUACCCCGUGAGUCAUUUACAGUACGGACAUGCGCAGUGAUUUUCUUUAAAAGAGUUGAGGAAUAAGAUUUGACAUUACUCGGAUGACUGAAGCAAAUUUGAAAUUCAUUACGUUAGCG